GCUCGCCCUGUCGUCCUACCCCUCACGCGGAAUCGUGGCUGGUAUUCAAGGGAAAAAAAAAACAUUCGUGCCAGGGAGCCCAGCGAGCCCAGCGAGCCUCAUAGUCCUCAGAGCCAGCAGCCGAUUGUGUUUAAGGUCUUGUCCUAAGUGUUUUAACCGUCAUAAGAAGGAACGAGGAUGGAUCCGCUGGUAGCUGCGAUUGACCAGGGCACGAGCUCGACGAGGUUUCUGGUGUUCAAUGCAAAAACAGCCAAACUGAUCAGUCACCAUCAAGUAGAAAUCAACCAGAGUUUCCCCAAGGAGGGGUGGGUGGAGGAAGACCCCAAGGAGAUAAUGCAGUCUGUGUAUGAGUGCAUGGAGAGGACUUGUGAGAAACUGUGUCAACUUAACAUUGACGUCUCCAACAUAAAAGCGGUGGGAGUGACCAAUCAGAGAGAGACAACCCUGGUGUGGGACAAAGAGACCGGAGAGCCACUCUACAAUGCCAUUGUUUGGUUGGACCUGCGCACACAGUCAACGGUGGAACGGCUCAUCAACAAAGCUCCCGGCCGAGACAAGAACCACCUCAAGCACAAGACAGGCCUUCCCAUCAGCACCUACUUCAGUGCGGUGAAGCUGCGUUGGCUUCUGGACAAUGUGGAUGAAGUGCGACAGGCAGUGCUGAGCGAGCGAGCCAUGUUCGGCACAGUGGACUCCUGGAUCAUCUGGUGCCUGACGGGGGGCAGGAACGGAGGGGUCCACUGUACAGAUGUGUCCAACGCCAGUCGCACCAUGCUCUUCAACAUUCACACCAUGGACUGGGAUCCUGAACUGUGCAGGUACUUUGACGUCCCCAUGGAAAUCCUCCCCAAAGUAAAAAGCUCCUCUGAGAUAUACGGCUGGAUGAAAUCAAGCUCUCUAGCAGGAGUCCCGAUCUCUGGGUGUCUCGGCGACCAGUCGGCUGCUCUGGUUGGUCAGAUGUGCUUCACAGAGGGUCAGGCCAAAAACACGUAUGGCACUGGCUGCUUCCUGCUCAGAAACACAGGGACCAAGCCUGUUAUGUCUGACCAUGGCCUGCUGACCACAGUGGCAUACAAGCUAGGAAAAGACGAGCCUGCCCGCUACGCACUGGAGGGCUCAGUGGCCAUCGCAGGGGCAGUGGUACGGUGGCUGAAGGACAACAUGGGCAUUGUGCAGUCCUCCUCAGAGAUCGAGAUACUAGCAGCUGCAGCAGGGACGUCGUACGGAUGUUACUUUGUGCCGGCUUUCUCUGGACUCUAUGCCCCCUACUGGGAGCCUAGUGCAAGAGGCAUCAUCUGUGGUCUCACUCAGUUCACUAACAGGAACCACUUGGCUUUUGCUGCUCUGGAGGCCGUCUGUUUUCAGACCAGAGAGAUCCUGGAUGCGAUGAACCUGGACAGCGGCGUCCCUCUGACGCAGCUGCAGGUGGACGGAGGCAUGACGUCCAACAGAUUAAUGAUGCAGCUGCAAGCCGACAUCCUCUGCAUCCCCGUAGUGCGACCCAGCAUGUCAGAGACCACAGCUCUGGGUGCAGCCAUGGCAGCAGGGGCAGCAGAGGGGGUGGAAGUGUGGAGCUUGAGUCCUGGUUACCUCCCACAUGUUACCUCUGAGAAAUAUGAACCUCAGAUCAACUGUGACGAGAGUGAGUUCCGCUUCGCUAGAUGGAAGAAGGCCGUUCAGAAAGCCAUGAACUGGGAGACGUCAGAGCCCUGUUGCAAUUCCAACGGUUUAGGAAAGAAGAUUAAUGGUGCCCCCUGGGGGGUUCCUCCCACCCCUCCCCCCACCAGAGUGGACCCAUAAGAUGAGCAGCAGUAACAAACCUGCGGUACAAGAUCGUCAUGGGAACAAGACUGGAAGAGGAAAUGUGCUCACAGUGAAUACAGAACUUGUCUGCUGCUGCAUGAUGGGAUGUGCAGUCAUCUUGAGUGAUGUAGCCUUGUAGCAGUAGUAUCAUGGCUGUGAUAUCAACAGUUGAAUCAUCACCCUCAAGUGACCUGUGGAGCUUUUUGAAGCAACAAGGGAACCAUGUUUGAUGGAUUUUUUUUUUCUUCUUCCUUUUCUGAAAAAAAAGUGAAAGUGUUCUUAAACCAUCCUGUAGAAACUGAAUUUGCCUUCAAACUGUUAAGGGGAAAUCAGGUGUUGAUAGUCUGAAGUUGCACUAUUGUACCUCAUUACCUCUACAUAGUGUUGAUUUGUUUGUACUUUUCUUCUAAACUUUGGGAUGUACGAGAUCCAGGAAAUACUGAACAGAUGUUACACAUGUGGAGUGGCACUAAGGUUAGUGCUCAGCUUAUGUCCCUUUUUUAAAGCGAGGUUUGUUCUCAGAGGAACUAAAGAUGGAUGAAAAGAGUAAAAUAUAAUCAUGUAUUCUGGAUUUCUACAGUGAGCCUCAACUUUUUAUUUUAGAAUGAGGGGAAAAUGUUUUGACUAAAUGAAUUUGAACAUCAAGCUGACACUUUGCAGGCUCCCAACAGCACUUUAUAAUUUAUCCUGUGUAUGGAGAGUAUGAUCAUGGGAGCCAUGCAGGUUUCUUUUUAAAAGGGAAAAGUCUUUUUAACCUGAUGUUUUUAUGAAGGGAUUUUUUUUUAAAACAUGUUACUGCUGAGGUCAGUGCUGAAACUGUGGGAGGAACCACAAUCACAUCAGUCCACGCAUACAAAGAUAAGUCAAUGCAACACAUUCUGAUUCUAUAUGUACUCAACAAUUUUAUAUUCAUUUUAAACACCUUUUUAGAUCCAAGCUGUGGCACACAUCUGGAGCUCACUUUACUUCAGAAUCAAACUCAAACAUCUGGUUACUGGAUUCACUUGACUUAAAAAGGAUGCGUUUUACUUUGUAAUGUACAUAAUUUUCUCAGAUCUGUUGGUAUACCUGCUGCUUUUCUUUGUAAUUUGCUUUAGAAGAUGAAUAACAGGAGUUCAGAGAAUGUAUAGAUAUCGUCAUAAAUGUGAUGAAUACCUGACUUACAUAAUAAAAAUUAGUACAUCAGCACC